AUGGGGCGGGGCAAGGGACCAUCAGCAGGCUCGACAGCAGUGAUAAGGACGGCCUCGUCGCCGUUGAGAGAGGGAGGAGGGGUGUGGAUGGGGUUGGAAUCCAUGGAAGCGGUAGGGGGAUCAUGCGACGAAAAAUGCUCGUCGGCGUCGAGCCGGAGCGGCAAGGCGCUGGUGUACGUGCCGGCGAACGAGACGAUGCGAUCGCUGGAGGCGCUGGAGCGGCGGCUGGGGUCGCUGGGCUGGGAGCGCUACUACGAGAACCGAGACCUCGUGCAGCUCCACCGGCGCGACGGCGGCGUCGACCUCAUCGCCCUCCCGCGAGACUUUGCGAGGUUCCGCUCCACCCACAUGUACGACGUCGUCGUCAAGAACCGACACCACUUCAAGGUCGUCGACAUCGUCUGA